ACUCGGGUUAUCACUCCACUUAUGCUGAGCUCUGUCUUCCCCCCUCCCUCUCUUUGCCUAACGCUCUCACCCACUUUCACAGAAUCAUGGCCGACAGAAACAGCCGGUUCACCGUUAAGAAGAAAGAGACCAAGGUGGAAAACAAAGCAAGUGACGACAAGGGGAAGGAGAAAGCCGUGAAAAAGCCCGACAAAGUUGUGAAAAAGCCAGAGAAGACCCCUGAGCAGCCCAAUGCGGGGGAGGAGAAGAGGAAUGGGGCAACAGGAGGGGCGACAGGAGCGGAGGCGAGCAACAGUGAAGAAAAUGGAGAAUUUCAGCCCAUAGAGCUGCCACCGUUUGAGAUUGUCACAGGGGAACAGAUGAGCCCGUUCUACUUCAAGUUCCAGUUCAGAAACGUGGAAUACUCAUCAGGGAGGAACAAGACCCUGCUGUGCUUUAGAGUGGAUACGCCAGGAGGCAGCACAGAGCCUCUGAAAGGCUACAUGGAGGAUGAACAUGCCACAGCUCAUGCUGAAGAGGCCUUCUUUCAACAGGUGCUCCCUAAUGCCUCCCAAGAGUAUGACAUCACAUGGUACGUAUCAUCCAGUCCCUGUGUGUCCUGCGCAGCCAAGUUGGCCAACAUCCUCAAGCAGCGCAAAAAGGUCCGUCUCUGCAUAUUCUGCUCCCGUCUCUUUGAAUGGGAGGAGCCGGAGAUAGUCGAAGGGCUCCGGGCUCUGGCGAGCGCUGGCUGCAAGCUGCGGAUGAUGAAGCCGUGUGACUUCCAACAUGUUUGGGACACGUACGUGGAGAAGGAGGACCAAAGCUUCACACCCUGGGAGGACUGUCAGGAGAACUACAUCUACUACAUGGAGAAACUGUCUGAUAUCCUCAAGUAGAUGUGAGUCAAUGGAAAACAUCUCCCCACUGAUCAGCCCACUUGUGAAAUUCCCACUGGUUCAGCGUGUUAUCUGAUGGUGCAGAUCAGUAUUAGUUUGAAUGAACACUGACGGCAACAUUUUGUAUUUUUUAUUUUGACAAUUUCAUAAGGAGACACAAAAUGCUCGAAUGGCAUUUCAGCAGCAUCACUUCCUGUAGAUAAAUAUAUCAUACAAUAUCCAAGUGGUUGCCUUUAACAGUCAUUGCUGAGCUAUUUAAACACAUUAAAUAAGCUUUGCUAUCUA